UGGAAACACUCACAGCUCACGAGUGUUUAACGAAGCAAAGCAACAGAAAAGAGAAGAAACUUUACUCGAAGCGAGACUUAGAAGCACUCGUCUUGCAGGGUCAGCAGGACAUUUAUUGGACAAUUUGGAUUACAAAUUUUCUCUGGAUAAAUAUUGUAUGCAGAAUGUUUUUGCAUGAAUGGAUAUAAUCGACUGAUACUGUUAAUUUUACGCCUGGCAGUAGCUCAUUCGUGAGCUCUUACAGUAUCAGUUUCCGGAUACCAGUGUCAGAAAAGACUCGCUGUGGAAACAAUCUUGGGAUUUUCCAUUAUUCCCUCAUUCACAGUUAUUUGCUGUUCUUGAAUUGAUUCGUCCAGCACUUGAGUAAUUUAUCAAGAAAGCGUUUUACCGACGAUGAACUUACGCAGGUAACCAGGGUGAGCUGCCUACCGAGCGAGUGAAGUCGAACACUGCGCUCGGGUUCAUCGAGGUCACUUCCUGAUGAUGACAGUAAACAUGGGUCCCACCACACAGAGUGUCUCCUCACUCACACACACACAAACAGAUGAGGGUUUUCCCACUGGUCCUGGACAACACCGAAACUCACAAGAUGAGGUCGAGGCGCUCAACUCCAUCAUGAAGGACCUGGCUGCACUGGGUCGUCGCUGUGCUCAGCUAAACAGCAGCAAGCCGAAGAACAAGUCCCUGCUCUUUAAACAGGACUUGAGGGUGAAGCUGGAGCACGAGCGAGAGAAACGGAUUCUUCCCUUUCAGAGGCCACUGAAGUUCAAAGAACUCUUGCAGAAGGUGACCGAUGCCUUCGGACAGCAAAUGGACUUGUUCUAUGCCGACAAAGAGCUCCUUCUCCCUCUGAAGUGCCAAGAGGACCUGGAUAAAGCAGUGCAGAGCCUUGACUGCAGUCCCACAGUUAACAGCCUUUUGAGAGUAAUCCUCAAAAACCCCAAGAGCACCCAGCAGUACCUACAGGUCAAUGGCAGAGUUGAUAAACACAGUGAGAUGAGGUCUUCCAAGUCCUUGGGAGACCUGAAGGGCUCCCUGUUAAAAGGCUCUGAGAGGGUGCGCAAACACUCCACGGGCUCCCUGCACACCGGCCGUACCUCACCUCCUCCGGGCAGUGUCCCUGAGGAGCAGCAGCAGAUCGCACGGCAGGGCUCCUACACCAGCAUCCACAGCGAGGGGGAGUUCAUCCCCGAGACCCUGGACCAAAACAUGAUGGAACCCUUUGGAAGUGCGGAGGACUCUCUGUCCAGCAGCUGUCAAUCACUGAACCAAUCAUUGGACAGCCCUCCAUUUUCCCAGGCCAACAGGGACAACAAUUACCUGAACCUCAACUACGAGUACAACGGUCGACACAGUAAAGGCGGGACCUUCCCCCGGCAGUUUCAUAUGUCAAGUCGCAGCAAAGACUACAACGACGGUCGCAGGACAUUCCCUCGUAGCUUCAUGCCACAGGAGAACCUGUUCCAGCUGGUGCCCUCCAGCCGAACGCGUAGCUACAAUGGGGACAGCACCCUGCAGUACGGCGAGCUGUGUUCCCUGGGCUGGACACCGAACAAGAGCGCCAAACUCAGCUCCCCUAAGUCCCCUCAGGCGCCAGUGAACUGGAGGCUGGGAAAGCUUUUAGGGCGAGGCGCGUUCGGGGAGGUCUACCUCUGCUAUGACGCUGACACUGGCCGGGAACUGGCCGCCAAACAGGUGCCCUUUGACCCGGAAUGCAAGGAGACCAGCAAGGAAGUGAACGCUCUGGAGUGUGAGAUUCAGCUGUUGAAGAACUUGCGACACGAGCGCAUCGUGCAGUACUACGGCUGUCUGCGAGACCCCGAGCUCAAGAAGCUCUCCAUCUUUGUGGAGUUCAUGGCAGGGGGCUCUAUAAAAGACCAGCUGAAAGCUUAUGGAGCCCUCACAGAGAAGGUGACGCGGAGAUACACAAGGCAGAUUUUACAGGGAGUGUUCUAUCUCCACAGCAACAUGAUCGUGCACAGAGACAUCAAAGGUGCUAAUAUCCUAAGGGAUUCCUCUGGGAAUGUGAAGCUUGGAGAUUUUGGUGCCAGCAAGCGCAUCCAGACCAUCUGCAUGUCUGGGACAGGGAUCAAAUCGGUCACUGGCACCCCCUACUGGAUGAGCCCAGAAGUGAUCAGUGGAGAGGGAUAUGGACGGAAAGCUGAUGUCUGGAGCGUGGCCUGCACGGUGGUGGAGAUGCUGACGCAGAAGCCUCCGUGGGCCGAGUUCGAGGCCAUGGCGGCCAUCUUCAAGAUCGCCACGCAGCCCACCAAACCCGCCCUUCCGGAGGGCGUGUCCGACUCUUGCCGGGACUUCGUGCGGCAGGUGUUCGUGGAGGAGAAGCGGCGGCCCACAGCCGAGGGGCUGCUGAGUCACCCCUUUGUCCAGGGGGUCUUCUAAUUCCCCUUCCCCCCAGCAUUGUGUUGCCCCCCUCAGCACUCCUUACCUUCUGAAUGACAGUCACCGCUCUGCCUUCCGGAGUAUCCUGGCCCCGCCGCCCUCAACAGCCGCUCUGUCAGCAUCGAGAGCACCGCCAAACCGCAAUGCUGUCGAACGCAGGCCGACGUGGAACCUUCAGCAGUCCUACCGGGGCUGAACCCUGACUGGGAUGUUUGUGUUCCCACACCAAAAAACAACAACCGCCAGCUGUUACGUAUACUGGGAGUAACACCAGGGUUAGGAUUUAGCCAGAACGCUAGCCCUGUGUUGUUAUGGGACCGCAGGAAGACACUUGAGAAGUGGGCCUCACAUGAAAUAGAAAUGUUGUUCUCAAACAGUCUGAAAAAUCCACCCUGUAUGAAUACAGAUUAAGCACAGCUUUUCUGUUUUUGCCAACACUUGUUAGAACUGUAAACGCCAACCAAAAUCCCUUGUUAUUUCUCAGUCACCUCCAGGUUUUUGACUUGAUUACAUUGGUUGCAAAAUAACCACAAGAUUAUGUUGUAUGGAUAGAAUGUGCUUCAGAGAAAUUCAUUUAUUAUUAUUAAUGAUGGAGCAUUUUUUGUCCAAUGUCUUCAGUGAGCCAGUCUGUGUGUGCUCCAUGCAACGACAUUAUUCAAAGCACUCCCACGAAUUACUAAGGCUUAUAUAAUGGUAUACAUAUAGGAUAACAAUGUAAUUAUCCCACCCCAACAUGCAGACAAUUAUCUUGCACUUUUUUGUCAUGAUCACGGACAGUAAAUAUCUUCGAUUUCAAAUGUACAAAUUAGAGUAUUAUUUUUUUUUAUAAAAAAUACAUUUUUAUAAUUUUUAUAAUGUAAAAAUCUUCAUCUUUUGGUUUGUUGUGUUUACAGAAAGAAGCAAACUUCUUUCAUUGUUUUGAUAGGUUGGAUGGUGUAUACUAAACAUAAGCAAUACUCCAUUGAGAAUUGGUAGAUGUGUGUGAAUUAGACUUGUUCAGUCGGAUCAAAGUGCGUAUUCUCCAGCUUCAUAGAUAUGACCAAAGAUUGUAAAUAAAUCCCAUUUUAAGGGUAAGGAAGUCAGUACGUUUUACAUUGUGAGUGGUGAUGCUCAUUGUAGCACACAUCAAUGCUGUCAUUUGGUUACUCCUAAAUUAGAAAAUAAACAUUUCAUGAUAGCUGAAACCAGCUUUUUGUGCUUAAAUUUGGUGUGUCCAACAAGUAUGUUGUCUAGUUGUACAAAGCUAACUUGAUCUGCCGAACUGUUUAGCCCAAAGCUGUAUUUCUACAGAUACACCUUAGUUGUUUGUACCAUUCUAAUCCAACUGAAUACGGUACCUUGCAGCGCUACUGACCUCAUAAAAGCUUUAAAAAUCUUUUUUUUCCAUACUGCAUAGAUCCAGAUAAUAUCAUAUUUAUUUGUAAAUGAGUGAUGUUUGCUCAUUAUCCUAUAAUGGAGGACAGUAUUCCGGUGGUUAUGCUUUUGGCUUCUACUAUGCUACCCUAAAAUAGCACGGCAAAUUAUGCAGUUAUGUUCAUUUUCAACAUGCUUGGUUGGGAAAAUAUGUCCUGUGGGAACCAUAGAAAAUAUAUCAUGACAAAGACUGCCGUCUUGUUAUGAGUAAUUACUUAGAUAAUGUCUGGACGUGGUAUUUUAUGUAGACUAAACAUAUGUGUGUCUCAUUGACUACCUUGAGGCCAGCUUACUGUGAAAUCUGGGGUUGGCCAAGACUCUGUCAGCCUGGGUCACUUUGCUGUGGAAUGCCUCCAGCUUGACUCUGGUACAGAAUUGCAACUGAGGUAGAUCAGUGGGAAUGCAGUUAUGGGCUUCCAAUACAGUUAACACAGCUAAUGCUCCACUUGGAUAGUCAAAAUAUCAGAAAUUGAAAGCAAAUGCAUUCGUCCUUUUCCGUAAACACUGAAGGUACGCCAAUGAGCACAACCACACAUUCAGAAGCAGUCAGGUAGUUGAAAGCACAAUGUUUCAGAGAUCCUGAUGGGAUGUACAGUAUAAAGGUAGUGCUCCAUUGCGUAAUUGUACCCAAUACCUUAAGUGUAGUCUUUUACUUGCUGAACUAACCCCAGAAAUGUUACCGAGGAUUCAGGAAUGAGCCUCUCAAGACAAGGGUUCUGUGGGACCCAAUGUGGGGUCCUUUCCAAACUGUGGGAUCCAAUGUGGGAUCCUUUGAUUUGAGGGUGAGGUAACCUGAAAAACUUUUGGGGAAAAGUUCUACAUUUUUGUCUCUAUAAAAUAUGUGAAUGUAGGCUACUAUUGCUACUAUAUGUCAAACAUCACAACAACCCAACUACAGAGGCACAAGAGGUUGUGGUAUAUCACCAGUAUAGUCAUGGCCAAAUGGUGUUGUUAGCAUGAGGUGUGUGUGGGUGGGGUGUUGGAGCCACACAAAUUUGUGAACAUUGUUUUGGGAAAAAGUUUGGGAAUCUCUGCUUUAAGGUGCCCACAGUGCCAAGCUGUGUUUUAAAGGCUCUUAUACUGUUGUCUCAUAAUUAAACCUUUCAUGGACUUCUUGUUGUGGAUAAUGCUUUUAAUGGCAUUGCGGGCAAGUGCCAUUUUGCAGCUAAGCACUGUUCAACAGAGUUUGAUGAACAAAUAGGUGACACCACCAAGGCUUUCAAAACAUUGAAGCUGAAUAAAUCAGUGUUGUUUUCAAUCUGUAAAAAAGUAUGUGCAACAUAGUUACCACAAAAUGUUUUGAAUGGUGAAAAAAUCUGUAUUGUAAUAUGUAAUCAGUGCCUUCUCCAAUUAUGCUUUUCAGGGAACAAUCAGUUCACUGAAUUAGUUCAGUGUUGAAAAGCAUUCAUUGUUUGAGUGUCAAUUCUGUUCUGUAUCCAAAAUUAAGUACAGAGCUUGGAUCUGUACAGUAUAGUGGUUAGGUUUGCUUAGCCAAAGUACUUUUCAUGAAAACGAUUGUAUAGAAAAUACAUAUUAUACUGCACUUUUGAAAAUUAGACAUUUUAUAUAAAAAUAUAUUGUGAUCUGGACUGGGUCAACUUAUUUGAAAAAAAAGAAAAAAAAAGAAGAAGAAGUUUGGUAUGAUUAUCUAAUAGGCUUCGACUGAGGCUUAGAAUGGUGUUCAUUGGCCUUUAUGACAAAGCCUGGCAACAUGUACCCUGUAAUUGAUUCAUGUACAUGUAAGAGCAUAAAGUAAAUGUUUUUUAAGACCA